CUAUGUAAUGUAUACCGGAAAACCACCAAGAACAAGGAAUGCCAUAUUUUCUGGUAAAUUUUUUCUAUAAUAAAUGAAUUGAAUUUACAAGGUUGAAAAAGAAGUAUGAAGUUUGACUUUACAGAUCAUUCACAUCGCCGAUACAACCCUCUGAAUGAUACAUGGGUGUUGUGUUCUCCCCAUCGUGGAAAACGACCUUGGCAAGGUGAACAAGAAGAUAUAGUAAAGGAUGAAGUACAAAACUAUGACCCCAGCUGUUAUUUAUGCCCGGGAAAUGAUCGAGCAAUGGGUACCAAAAACCCCAAUUACACAGCGACGCACGUCUUUCGCAAUGACUAUCCAGCAGUCAAAAGGGAACAACCUGAUUUAGUGGAAGAACAAUCCCACGAAAAAGGGCAGACACUCUCCUUGAAGUCCCGUUUGCAGAAAACUCAAGGUGUCAAGGGCGACUGUUUUGUCAUUUGCUUUAGCCCUAAUCAUAGUUUGACGCUUCCUCGUAUGGAAAUAAAUGCUAUUAUGCAUGUUGUGGAAACUUGGAAGCAACUAUGCUUUCAGUUAAAAACAGCGUCUUCUGAACGCAUGCACUAUAGAUACAUUGAAUUUUUUGAAAACAAAGGUUCGGCUAUGGGCUGCUCAAAUCCUCAUCCACAUGGCCAGGCCUGGGGCUUGGAUUAUAUUCCAACGAAUGUUGGUGAAGAAAUAAAGAAUAUGACUAAGUAUUUCAAGUCCUACGGUUCACACUUACUCGGCGACUAUGUCAAGCUUGAAAUGGAAGAAAAACAAAGAAUUGUCCUUGAAAAUGAUUCUUUCGUUGUACUCGUCCCCUAUUGGGCUUUAUGGCCUUUUGAAACUUUGUUGAUUUCAAAAGAGCAUUUGCAUUCGUUGAUGGAUUUCCAAGAAAAGCAUGUUCAAGACUUGGCUUCUAUUUUAAAGCAAUUAACUACGAAAUACGAUAAUUUAUUUUGCACGAGUUUUCCCUAUUCCAUGGGAAUUCAUCAAGCACCUCUCCACGGCACCGAAGAUGAAUGCAAUAACUCUUGGUUCCAUAUGCACUUUUAUCCUCCUCUAUUGAGGUCUGCUUCAGUAAAAAAGUUUUGUGUUGGAUUUGAAAUGUUAGGUGAAGCCCAAAGAGAUCUGACUAGUGAACAAGCCGCUGAACGCUUGCAAGCACUUGAGUGUACAAGGCAUUACCUAGAUACCCUAAGCUGAACCUUGAUACGUCCAAUUUUCAAACAUAUAAAUAUUAAUUUUUAUUUUUUCAUUCUAAUUUUCCAUAUGUCACAUUGCAAUUGCAUCGACAAACAAAACUGGAUAAGAGUUCUAAAUACUAAGAAACUUUAACAGGAAGAUAUACGAGUAUAUGUAUAUUCGUUCAAUUUAACCUUAUAUCUAUCGAAAUAAUAGAACUUCUAUUUAAUUAUAAUAAUUCGUGCGAACUUACAA